GGCAACAGCUAUCGGGAUGUAUUACACCAUAACAAGAAGCCUUUUUAUCUUAAAGGUCAAGAGGACUCGAGUAUCCUGGAUGCUUAUGUUUUGCACACUUGGUAUGCAGUUAAAUCAUGUUUUGAGAACAAGGGAUUUGAUCAGUAAAAAUGAUGCAAAAGUGGCUGAUGCUCAAGGACAAGGGGGCAUUCUCAAUGGUGAUGGUUUCCUGGACCAUGGGUUUACUCGUCCUAAGGUCUUGAUCCUUUUGCCUUUAGCAAGCAUUGCAUUUUGGGUAGUAAAGAGGUUGAUCCAGUUAACCCCUUCAAAGCAUAAGGUUAAUAUUGAACACAUGGAUCGCUUUACUGAGGAGUUUGGGAGUGGAGGAGUUGAAAGUGAGGAGGAGGAUGAGGAUGUUGAGAACUCAAAAAGAAAGAAGUCCUCUAAACCUUCUGACUUUCAGUCAUUGUUUGGUGGGAAUAACAAUGAUCAUUUCAUGAUAGGCAUCAAGUAUAUGGGGAGGAAGAUCAAGUUAUAUGCUGAUUUUUAUUCCUCAGACAUAAUAGUUGCUUCCCCUCUUGGUUUGAUCACUAAAAUUGGCGCGGCAGAAGUAGAGAAAGAAAAGGAUAUUGAUUAUCUUUCCUCCAUAGAGGUUUUGAUUAUUGACCACGCAGAUGUCAUACUAAUGCAGAAUUGGUCUCAUGUGAACACAGUAGUUGAACAAUUAAACCGGUUACCUGUGAAGCAGCAUGGAACUGAUAUAAUGCGCAUACGACCAUGGUACCUAGAUGGACAAGCGCAAUUCUAUCGACAAACAAUAAUUCUAGGUUCUCACUUAAACCCAGACGUCAAUUCACUGUUCAAUCGGCACUGCCUUAACUACGAGGGAAAGGUCAAGUUGGUGUGCCUCUAUAAAGGUGUUCUUCCAAAAGUAUUGAUCCCUGUACGGCAGAUAUACGAGCGGUUUGAAGCAGACUCGAUUGCAGAUGUUGAUGAUGCUCGUUUCCAGUAUUUUUGUAAGAAGGUGUUUCCCAAAAUAAAAGACUCUAUCCAGGGUGGAAUUAUGCUAUGUAUUAGUUCUUAUUUCGAGUUUGUUCGACUCCGAAAUUUUUUGAAAUCUCAAGAAGCAUCAUUCUGCCUUCUUGGAGAGUACACCAAACAAAGUGAUAUAUCUCGUGGGCGAGUUUGGUUCUUCCAAGGACAGCGGAAAAUCAUGCUAUACACUGAGAGAGCUCACUUCUACCACAGAUACAAGAUCCGAGCUAUUCAGAAAUUGAUCAUUUAUUCUCUUCCGGAGAGGAAAGAAUUUUACCCUGAGAUAGUAAAUAUGCUCGAAGGAUCUCAAAACAUGUCUUGUACCGUGCUAUUUUCUCGUUUUGAUCAGUUCCGGCUUGAAAGAAUUGUUGGUUCUGCAUCUGCAAAAAGAAUGAUUACAUCAGAGAAGGGUGUUUUUGUAUUCUGUUAGAAAUUCUUUAGCCGUGCCUCCAGAAAUGGGAAAACAACUGCUCUAUGUUACCGAAUAUCACACCCCUGGGGAAUCACAGAUGGAUGAUCCGUCAUAGAACAACUCCUCCAAUCUGUUAUGGGACAGUUUUCUGCUUUGUUCUGCAGCUACGCAAUGUCUCAAAUACCAUCAAAACUAGUUCUGGGAGAAUUCUUGUACGAAAUAAUAACAUCUGUAGCUCUUGAUCUGAGAACAUCCCUGAUCUGAUUAUUCUUUGUUUCUUUUCUUUUUCUUUUGUCAGAAUUAGCUAUUGACCAUAACUGACUGACCUUUGAAAUGUACCGGUCUGAUACUAUUUCAUUUCCUCUCUGAUGAAAGUUAGGUGGUUACGUACAUCCAGGGUUGAUUUUCAGUUUUGGUUUUUUCGACCGAUAAUGUAAGCUAUAAGCACAAUUUUAAGGAGAACGAGAAUCUCAUUAUGUUA